AUGACUCUAAAUAAUAUUAACGUUGUAGAGGAAACAGUGGCACUGAAAGACGAAAUACAAUCAAAGGCAUCCGGUUCAGAUAAUAGAAACAUUUAUGAUGAUGGUCGCUCACAAAAGUUGUCUGCAGAUGAAAUUCAAGAACUCAAAAGUGACUUGAACAAAGCUUCUGAAAUCGUCGAAACACUCAUAACAAACUCAAAUACUUUCCACAACAAGACAGAGUAUUCUCAGGAGAAAUAUUUAAAAAAGAAAGAGAAAAAAUAUUUUGAGUACAUUCAAAUAUUGAGACCCAACCUUAGGCAUAUCGCUGAAAUAAUGUAUAAGUUGGAGCCGACUAAAAUACAAGGUAUCAGAAUGGACACAUUGUCACAGAUUAUAACAAUGUCAAAUGUAAGUAAUGAGGGCAAUCAUUUACUGUAUGAUUCUGGAUCAAAUGGUCUACUCGCAGCGGCUUUGCUGAGUGCAAUAGGCCAAGAAGGCAGUGGCAAACUAAUACACAUGCACCCAGGUAACAUGUCACAGAAGCAGGCAUUAUUAGCAAUGAACUUUGAUACAGAACAAUUAAAUAAAUGUAUCUCUGUCAAUGUUUACUCAGCAUUGAGACAAGUAUAUCAAGGCUGUGAUGUAAAUACAGGGGCUGCUUCAAGUAAUGGGGAAAGUGAGAACCCACUAAAAAGAAAAGCGUCAGAUAAUGUAUCUCCCGACAAUGCUAAGGUAUCAAAACUUGAUAAUGCUGACAGUAAAGGUAACAAUAGUGAAGAUACAAAAGACUCGGCCCCUAAAAAACCCAAAUGGCACUUUGAUAACAUAGCCGCAGCUGAAGUUUUAGAGAAAAAAGUUGACUCCUUAGUCAUAGCAUGUAAGGAGGACCCUGAAAAUAUAUUUUUGGAGUUAUUUACAUUUGUCAAGCCGGGCAGACCAUUUGUUGUGUAUUACAAUGUUGUGGAACCUCUACAAAACUUGUACACAACAUUAAAAUGUCAUAGCAAUGUAGCAGCUUUGAAGAUAACAUGCAAUUGGAUGAGAAAUUAUCAGAUCUUACCUGAAAGAACACAUCCAGAAGUAAUGAUGAAUAAUUCAAGUGGUUUUCUUUUAACUGGAUACAUUCUUAAAUAGUACAAUAAAUAAAUAAUAUAAGUAUGUUUCA